GUGACGUCAGAGGCGCGCGGACUCAGUGCAGUCAUGUGUAGGGAAAGUCAGCUCGCUUUAGAGAUAACAAACACGGAAAUCAGGAUUUUUGACUAGGCACACAGAGGGGCUGAGAUCCCACAUUAAAUUAUAGGUUAGUUAGUUUUAAACGUCCAUCGAGUCGUCAUGGCGUCUCUGUUUAAGAAGAAGACUGUCGACGAUAUCAUCAAAGAGCAGAGUAAAGAGCUGAGAGGCACACAGAGACAAAUCACCAGAGACCGUGCUGCUUUGGAGAAACAAGAGAAGCAAAUGGAAAUGGAAAUAAAGAAAAUGGCUAAAGCUGGAAACAGAGAUGCCUGCAAGAUCCUGGCUAAGCAGCUAGUCCAGCUGAGGAAGCAGAAGAACCGAACAUAUGCUGUGAGCUCUAAAGUGACCUCUAUGUCCACACAAACAAAGGUCAUGAACUCUCAAAUGAAAAUGGCUGGAGCUAUGUCUACCACAGCCAAGACUAUGCAGACUGUUAAUAAAAAAAUGGAUCCAAAGAAGACUUUGCAGACGAUGCAGGACUUCCAGAAAGAAAACCUGAAAAUGGGGAUGACUGAAGAUAUGAUCAAUGACACACUGGAUGAAAUCUUUAGUGAGUCAGGAGAUGAAGAGGAAUCUCAGGACAUUGUGAACCAGGUGCUGGAUGAAAUUGGAAUCGAAAUUUCUGGAAAAAUGGUGAGCACCCCUUCAGCUGGAAAGAGUCUCCCCAGUGCAUCAAAGGCCAAAACCGCUACCAUUUCCGAUGAGGACAUUGAGAGGCAGCUGAAGGCCCUGGGAAUGAAUUGAAACUCUUUGCACUCUACACCUGUGCUCUCAGAGCCAAAGCAAAGGGCUUAUACUAAAGCACACAAACACACACGUCUUUACUGACUGUAGAUACAGAGGGCCAAAGGGCUAGCUACUAAAUCAGUUAUGUAAAAAUGUAAUAAUGAUGUAGUUUGUAGGAUUUGCUGUAUAUAUCUAAAGAGCGGUGGUGUAAGUGGUGUUGGGGUGAGUAAAGGAAUGGACUUGUGAAGGAGGUCUCAGAAUGGGACCUUAUUGUUAGCCUUUCAACAUACCGAAAGACCAGCCUUCUCAAAAUCAGUUGCAGCUCUAAAAUUUAAGGCUUUAAGUCCAACAAUCUAGCAGCAUUGCAUAAUCCUAAUACACUACAAAAUGGAGUUAUGACAUAACUUUGGGAGAAAGACCACACCUAAAGCUCCAUCCACUUACUAGCUAAAUUCCUAUAAAUCACCACAUAUCCCCAUUUCUGCACUACUGACAGAGUUUCAGCAUCUCCUAACUCCCUACUAUUCAACAUCUCCUACCCGUGUUGGGGGCAUUGGUGUCACCCAAGACGUCAGCCUAGAGUUCAAGGAGUUCUCCCUCAUUUACAGUUCUGCAAUCCAUCUUCAUGUCAUUUAGCUGAGGGCAUGGUUUGCACUCCCAAAAGCAUGGUGUUAUGGUUUUAGUGUACAUAAUAUUAACUUUCUGGUCUUUAUACCUAUAAGUCUUUAUACCUGUGCUGUUUUGUACUUUUUCAGAUAUGAGAUGCUCAUUUUCCAGUUUUUCUCUGUAGGUUCUCGACCAUGAAUAUUGAAAGUAAGUUCAAGCUAAGGCUUUCUCACAAUGAAAUGAGUGGCUUUGACAUACAGUUGGUAAGGAUUUGGCAAGCAUUUGUCUUGUUCAUUGAAAAAUCUUGCAUUAAGAUUUGUUGAAUGCCAUUAUGAUGAAAUGGUCUUCCUUACUGAAUUAAUUUGGAAGGCUAGUUGAUGCAUAGUCGUAAUUAACAUAAUACAUACUGUAAUUUAGAUAUGACUGCACUAGGACAUACAAGUGAUCCUGUCAGCAGUAACACAAUUAGCUCAAUAUUAGCUCCACUAAGAGGUCUUUAAUUAGACGCAGACACACAGGUGUUGAAGAAACACAAAACUGUAGCGUCAGCUGCAGUUAAUUAUGUGGUCUAGUAUUUGCUGAAGAACACUUUCAUUAUCACAGUCCACAUAUGUAGGUUAAUUAUGCUAAAGGCCUGUUACUGACCUGAGAAUUCCCCUGUCAUGGUCAAAUUAGAGCCGUGUUUAUAGAUAAGAGAAAGAAGCUGUGAAAAUUGCCAGGAAGGAAAUUGCCAGUCAGUGUUACUGCUGUAGUUCUCAUGUUAAUGAGUGAAUACAUCAUUAGCUGAAGGACAUUUACAUUUAAAUGUCCCUACAUUUGUCUACUGAAUUGUACAAGUAUGCAAAAGUCAUUAAACUCUGGUGUAGUUUUAGUGCCAGUUGGAAAAGCAAUACAUCUCUCUACCAUUCUUUUUCUUUUUAACAUUAUGAUUAUCAGUAUGUUUUAAUAUAAUGUUUUGUUUGUUUAUUUUAUUAUUUUUUAAAUAUAGCUUAUGUUAAAUGUAGGUGAAUAAAAUUUUAUGGAUUCAUUUGGUUUUGUAAUGAAUAAAAAAGAAAAACACCUUG